GUCACUGGACCCAGAGGAGCACAGGAAGGAGACAGCAGAGGAGGAAGAACUGGAUAAAGAAGUGGUGAAGGAAUGCCCUGAAUUUGUGAGACAGAAAAUCACAAACAAAGAGUUUUGGAAGACAAAUAAAAGAAAGCUGCUGACCUUUGGUGACCUUUGACAGCCUGAUCAUGAUACCUACCCACCCUUUGACCUUCCUGACCCUGGGCAUGGUCCUAACUCAGAGUGGAUAUAUGCUGCCUGAGACUCACCACUGGGAGGACACAAAUGGCUCCCAGCUGCAUCCCACCAUCCAGAAACUAAUGAAGGGAUAUAACCGCUACAUGAGGCCCAACUUCAAUGAGGGCCCUGUUGAGAUUGGGAUGAGUCUGGAUAUCGCCAGCAUUGAUGCCAUCUCAGAAAUCAAUAUGGACUACACAGCCACUAUCUUCCUGCGUCAGCGUUGGAGGGACUCCCGACUGGUGUUCCCAGGGAAUGAGAGUGUGAGUGUGGAUGGACGACUAGUCUCCCUCCUCUGGAUCCCAGACACCUUCAUUCCAGACUCCAAACGCUCCUUCCUGCAUGACGUCACCGUGGAGAACCGUCUCAUACGGAUCUUCAGCAACGGGACCGUUCUCUAUGCUCUACGAAUAACAGCGACCAUUGCCUGCAACAUGGACCUGACCAAGUACCCAAUGGACAGACAGGUGUGCACCCUGCAGCUGGAGAGCUGGGGCUACAACCUACAGGAUGUAAUAUUCUACUGGACGAGAGGGAAUGACUCAGUGAAGGGUCUGGACACACUGCGCCUUGCCCAGUACAGUGUUGAGAGCUACUACACAUCUGUUUCUGAGGCUGUCUAUGAGACAGGGCUCUACCCGAAGCUGGUGCUCCACUUUGCUCUGCGCAGGAACGUGUUGUUCUUUAUCCUGGAGACAUACGCCCCUUCUACUCUGUUGGUGGUGCUCUCCUGGGUCUCCUUCUGGAUCAGCCAAUCAUCUGUCCCUGCACGCACCUGCAUCGGUGUGACCACAGUGCUGACGAUGACUGUCAUUAUAAUGAUUCUCCAGGUGUGA